UUCUGUUCUAUGGAUGUGUGUAUAUAACCUAAAUAUAAUAAGAUAUUCUUUUUCUCGUUAGUAAACACAUUUUACGCAGGCGCGUAAAUUAAUCUAGAAGACGCCCUGUAGUUCAUCCUACUUGAUAUCAAUUACUUUUGGUUAGAAAACCAUCGAAACUUGCCAAAGUGCGCUAUUCGUUCUGCUACGUUGGAGGACGUAUAUUGACAAUUGGAUUGCGUGAGAACGAUUUAAAGUAGGCUUUUUCUCGACUCGAAGACCUCUCUUCUUGCAAGUUACAAGUUCUCGGCCUUUUACAUCUUAUUCCUUUACGGAAAAUAAUUGUCAAAGCCAAAGUAAACAGUUAAUACAAGCAAAAAGAUGACCACUUGGAACGUACCAGGUGCAGGAUACUAUCCAGGGCAACAAGGUUUUCCUUACCCACCACAAAAUCCUGGUUAUCCGCCGCCGCAGGAAGGAUAUCCACUUCCAUAUUCGGCAGGAAACGCUCCGCCACCACCAGGAUUUGUACCACCACCAGGUGUACCACCUUACGGUCACGUUCCACCUCCUACCGGAACACCAUUUGGUGUAACUCCGCAACCAGGGAUGUAUGGUUCAAGUUAUGCGGAAGAUCCCUUACAAGACGACAUAAAGGGAUUUGAGUUUAAUGACAAAACGAUAAGAAAUGGGUUUAUUAGAAAAGUAUACGCAAUUUUAAUGGUUCAGUUAUUAAUCACUCUAUCAUUGAUAGCUACAUUUCUGUACCAUAAACCGACACAGAGAUGGGCGAUGCAACAUCGAGAAAUAUUUUGGAUUUGUUUUGCCGCGACAAUAAUUUUGAUCAUUUGUAUGGCUUGUUGUACCAGUGUUAGACGUAAGGCUCCGAUGAAUUUCAUCUUUCUUUUCUUAUUUACGUUAGCGGAGGGAGUUUUAUUAGCGAUGGCUGCAUCUACCUACAAAUCGGAAGAAGUACUGAUGGCAGUCGGAAUAACGGCAGCUGUUUGUUUAGCGCUAACAAUUUUUGCGUUUCAAACGAAAUACGAUUUUACCAGUUGUCAUACCGUUUUGUUCAUAGCUCUCGUUGUCUUAAUUAUAUUCGGUAUUAUUGCAAUGAUUUGGCCUAGUAAAAUCAUGCAACUUGUUUACGCAUCGUUGGGUGCGCUUAUUUUUUCAUUCUAUUUGAUUUAUGAUACUCAAAUGAUAAUUGGAGGUAAACACAAGUAUUCGACUUCUCCUGAAGAGUACAUUUUUGCGGCAUUGAAUUUGUACCUGGAUGUUAUUAACAUUUUCGUGGAUAUUCUUGCCAUCAUUGGUGCGUCUCGAGAUUAACGUAAAGAAAAUACUUGAACAUUCCGCUGUAUUAAACUUCUCUACUAAACGCGUAGUAGGCUUUUAUUUAUCACCUUGCUUCGACUCUCUAUACUUUUUCCUAGAGAGUACAUCACAAGUGAGGGAAGGGAGAAAUGUAAAGCGAAUCUUUAUUGUCUAAGGAGAAUUAGCUUUUACAUAUUUUCCUAUAUAUGGACAAUAGGAGAAAAAAAAAACAGAAAAUGGUUACCAUCUGACCCAGUUUUACGUUUAGUCUUUCAUUUUGAAAAUGAAAACUGUUUCUUAUUAUUUUAUUUUGAAAUUAUAUGUAUCAUAAUUUUCGUCGAUCUUUAAUAUCAUUGAUAAUCAUUUUGUCGUUGUUAUUUAGUUACUGCAUUUGAUCAUUAUUAUAAUUUUAAUCGAAGAUAAAGAUUAUGAGAUAAGACGUUUCGUAUAAAAUAUAAAAGUAAUUUUAAUCUUUAGAAAUUAAUUCGUUUCGAUUCCUUUUUUGUAAAGUAAGAAUUAUCAUUUCUCAGAGAUAUUUUCCAUCUCUGACGAUUAAUUUUUCCUCUUGAAAAUUUUAAUUAGGAACUACCUCUAUUUUUUUAUUUUGUCUUUCUUUCUUCCCCCCCCCCCCCCCCCCCCGUUACCUUCACGUCGUUCCAACGGGCACAUAACAUUAUUGUUAUGCACUUUAUGUAUGACAAUUGAAUGAACGAUACAAUUGCUAAAUUAUUAAUAUCAUUGUUCCUUACUUUAAUGAUGAAAAUAUUAUAUACGAUGUGUAACGUUAUAUGCAGUCUACCGAUUGAUAGAAAAUCCUAGACACUUGAUCGCUCUUUAUGUAUUUAUAUAGGUAUUUGUCAAUAUGUUUAAUCUUUGUUCAUGUUUGAAUAAUAAAAGUUACAGAUAUAAAAUAA